UUUCUGGCUACGCCACCCCACCAAAGGCAGAACACUAUCCGAAAAGAACAAACAGCGUCACGAAAGCUUAACGUGGAGGUUGAAGUUGUUAAUUAAAUAACUGGAACUUGAGAUAUGGCCGACACCAAAGACCCGGGGCUGACUGCAAACUGCUUAGAAAAGUGUAAGAACUAUGUGACGACCAGAAAGGGAACUAUCCUGGCUGCUGAAAUUCUCAUCAGCCUGAUCAUCCUGGUCUGCUACGCGGCCUCGCACUCCGGCGGCUACUCGGCGGUGGCCAUCUGCGAGAUGGUCUUCGCCAUCUUCAUCUUCGCCAUCUUCGUGACCAGCAUGGACAAGCAGCUGCAGGUGGUCAACUGGCCGUGGCUUGACUUCUUUAGGGCUGCGAUCGGAGCUGCUCUGUACCUCAUCACGUCGGUGAUCUGCGUGGCAGGCGGAGCUGGAGAUGGGGCCCGGAUCGCAGGGGGGGUGUUUGGCUUUCUGGCGGGGGUGCUGUUUGGUUAUGAUGCCUACUCCACUUACAUGGCGAUAAAAGCCCCUGCAGGUGAAUGAAUCGAUGCCGCCGUGAAAGUUCUGCCAAGCAGAUGGACAAAAAAAAAGACAAAAAAGGAAACGAAAAAAAAAUGUCUACAGUGGAGGUUAACCAGGAAGAGUAAAGGAGACGAAAAA